CAUGUGAUAUUGUGAUGAUUUUUUUGCAGAUUAUUUUGUUUCUGUUUUCAGAUUGAGUUUUUUCUAAUUGUUCCUUCUAAUUUCUAUUUAAUCUUGAUCAAAUUUACAACAUCCAAUUCAAGUUAAUUAACCUGUGCUAUUCUGUUGAUAGUUCAAACGUAUCAACGCAAUAUCUCACCAUCAAUGGCUGGUUAUUUGGGUAGAUUUCGUCAUCGUAUGUAUGACAGAAUCAUUCGAGUCGAUCAUGCUGGUGAACUAGGGGCUGAUCGAAUUUAUUUUGGCCAGAUGUUAGCUCUUCGAAGCAGAUAUCCAGAAAAGGCAGCAAUCAUUCAGAAAAUGUGGGAUCAGGAAAAGGUCCAUUUAAACAAAUUUGAAUAUUACGCAGCUAAACAUCGGGCACGUAAAAGUAUGUUGUUACCAAUAUGGCAGGCUGGAGCAUUUGGUCUUGGUUUUGUUCCAGCUCUUCUUGGUCCUAAUGCAGCUAUGGCUGUCACCGAGGCUGUUGAAAAAGUGAUUGUUCAACAUUAUGAUAGUCAACUGCGUGAAUUAAUGGCUGAUGAUCCAGUAAAAAACGAAGAGAUGAUCAAAACAAUCAGUCAAUUUCGGGAUGAAGAACAGCAUCAUCAUGAUUGUGCUUUAGAGCAUGAUGCUAAGAAAGCUCCUGGGUACCAACUGCUGUCUGUGGCUGUUGAAAAUAUUUGCAAGGUAGCUGUAAAGGUUGCUGAGAAAAUAUAGCGAAGUAAAUAAAAAAAAUAAAGAGUAAAUACGAUCUUCUUGGUUAAUAUUGUUGUCAACCAAGUGUUAUAAAUAAAGUUAUUUGAUGUACAAA